AUGUAUUCAUCUGCCACGUUUGCGUUGAAAAAACAGUAUCAAAUAAACGAAGUUGAUCCUUACAUAGUCGCUUCCCGGUUUGCCACAUAUACCCCUUUCUUUAAUCUGAACUAUUUUGCACUGGCCGCAAAGGAGCAUCAGAGAUUAAUGACGAUUGCUGAUACCAUACCUCACUACGAGCUGAUGAUUACAGACAAUAAUAUUGAUGAAUUUGUACUGAUCAUCGGUGAAUCAGCAAGGACUGACAACAUGUCCAUUUACGGGUAUUCGCGCCCAACCACACCAGAGCUUCAGAAACAGAAAUCACGGACUGAAACUGUUCACUCAGGCAAUCAGUGGCGCACCUUACACUGCGCUGGCUGUUCCUCUGGCGUUAUCUGCCGAUAG